CCAUCUUGCUCCUAUACAAAUUCCUCAAAACACUCUAACCCUACCUUAGGUAACCUUCACAAUGGCGGAUAUUGUCAAUUCUACGAUCAGCGAAAGCCCAGAAACGCCUCUACACCCCUACUAUCCUCUUGGUGUUGUGAUCGCGGACUACGCUGCCAAGACCCUCUCGACGCAGGAGAUUUUGGGCAUCUUCACGGCAACAUGCAUCUGCAUCCUCGGUCCGACGUGGUUCUACCUGCGGCACGCCCGGCCUAACUUACCGCUCAGCGACGUCUUCACAACGCUGUGGUUCGUCCUGUGCGGCUUCAUCCACCUCGGCUUAGAAGGUUACUUCGCGCUACACGCGCGCGACAUAGCCAGCCGCUCAGCCGUGCUCGCGCAGCUCUGGAAGGAAUACUCCCUCUCGGACUCGCGGUACCUAACAGCAGACACCUUCGUAGUAUGCAUGGAGACAGUAACAGCCGUGUUCUGGGGCCCGCUAUCGUUCGCGAUCGCGUGGUGCAUCGCAACCGAGCACCCGCUGCGCCACCCGCUGCAGUCCAUCGUCAGCCUGGGCCAGCUAUACGGCGACGUGCUGUACUACGGCACCUGCACGAUCGAGUUCAUCGAGUUCGGACGCGAGUACUCGCGCCCCGAGCUCGCGUACUUCUGGGGGUACUACGUUUUUCUCAAUGCGUUCUGGAUCGUGAUUCCGCUGUGUCUGGUUGUGAGUAGCGCGCGUGAGACGGCGAGGGCUUUUGCGGAAGUCAAGGGGAGCUUGAAGGCCGAGAAGACGAAGUAAGGAUUGGGGAUGCUGUACGUAUCGAUGUAUGGUUGUGGCUGUGGGAGUAAACAGCUUAGUAGUGUAUAGCGUAUAGCUGAGAGAGCCUGUUUCUUUAUUCUUGAACCUUUUUGGUACGACUUUACGGGACACUAAAUAUUAUAUACCUCUUAGUAUUAAUACUACGUCAUUUUGAAACCCA